CUCUGUCCGCCCUCCCAGGUCACCCUUGACAAACAGCCGCAGGACUGAACUUCCGUCCGAGUCCCUUUUCUCCGCCAUAUUCUACUACUCACCAACACUUCAGAAUGGUCUUCUAUCCUCCGCCUUGGGUGCCUAAGCUCCCCUUCGACCCUCCCGAUUCAGUCACCAUUGGUGAGUUUAUGAAGAAUGAAGUCUACGGCCGCCGCCCCAUCGACAAGAGCAAGAACCCUUGGACAUGUGGUCUUACCGGCAAGACAUAUACCGUGAAGCAGGCCUUUGAAAGGACAGAGCUCCUUGCAAAAGCCCUCCACAAGUUGAUGGGAUGGGAGCCCAACGCCGACUUGCCUUGGGAUAAGGUCAUCUGCGUCUUUUCUUACAACACCAUCGACUACAUUUCCGUCCUUCACUCGGUCCAUCGCUUGUCUGGCAUCGCAACUCCUGCCAACGUCGCAUAUAACGCUAGUGAACUCGAGCACCAACUUCGCUCUUCUGGCGCAAAGUGCCUGUUCACAUGUCUGCCCGUCCUGGAGACCGCCCUCCAGGCCGCCAAGGCCGUGGGCAUCCCUGAAGACAGGAUCUUCCUGAUGGAGCUGCCUCACCAUUCCAAGAAGCUUCCCUACAAGACCGUCGACGACCUCGUUGAGCUCGGCCGCUCCGUACCCGACCUCGAGCCGCUCCAAUGGACCAAGGGUCAAGGCGCGCGCCAAGUCGCAUUCCUCUGCUUCUCGAGCGGCACCUCUGGUCUUCCCAAGGCCGUCAUGGUUUCGCACAGGAACGUGAUUGCCAACACGAUGCAAAUCAGCUUAUUCGAAGAUUACGGUCGCAAGAAGAAGGGUGUCAAAACACAAGUCGAGCUCGGAUUGCUACCCUUCAGCCAUAUCUACGGCCUUGUCGUGGUCGCUCACUGUGCCCCAUGGCGCGGCGACGAGGUCAUCGUUCUACCCAAGUUUGAGUUUAACGAGUUCCUUCAGGCCAUUGAAAGAUUCAAGAUCAACUACCUCCCGCUGGUACCCCCCAUCAUCGUUCGUAUGUUGAGCAGCAGGGAUACUGUCAAGAAAUUCGACUUGAGCAGUGUCCGCCAUGUCUUUACGGGUGCCGCCCCUCUCGGAUCGGAAACACAGGACGAGUUGCGCAAGCUACUCCCCAAAUGGAAGGUUGGCCAAGGUUAUGGCUUGACGGAAACGGCAACUGUCGUUAGCGCAACAAGUGAGCAUGAUAUUGUGCAGGGCACAUCAGGCUCUCUGGUCCCUGGAGCCAAGGUCAAGCUCAUCGACCAGGAUGGAAGGGAGGUUACAGAGUACGGAAAGCCUGGUGAACUUCUCGUCCAGUCGCCAUCCGUUACUCUUGGAUAUCUCAACAACGAGCGUGCCACCAGCGAAACUUAUGUCUUUGACGAAGAUGGAAGGUGGAUGCGAACGGGAGAUGAGGUCAUCGUGACCAAGUCGCCGGCGGGAUACGAACAUAUCACUGUCGUUGACCGUCUGAAGGAGCUGAUCAAGGUCAAGGGACACCAAGUUGCGCCCGCCGAGCUAGAAGCCCAUCUCCUCUCUCACCCCGCCGUAGAUGACUGCGCUGUCAUUGCUGUGCACGACGAUCGCGACGGAGAAGUGCCAAAGGCCUUUGUUGUGACACCCGCUUCCAUGUCUUCCCGCCCUGACGCGGAGAUCGCGGCUGAGAUUAUCAAGCAUGUGCAGGAGCACAAGGCCCACUACAAGUGGCUCAAGGGAGGUGUCGAGUUCAUUGAUGCGAUUCCCAAGAGCCCAAGUGGAAAGAUCUUGAGGCGCUUGUUGAGGGAUAAGGAUAGGGAGGCUAGACGGGCUCAAGGCGCUAAACUCUGAGCGAGGAAGUAGUAGUAGAAAUAAUUUGAAGAAAGCGUUGUUGGGAAUAUCGUGUCGUUGGAUACCUUUGAGAUGCUUGAUAUAGGGAAGAAAAUGGGUCGCGUUAAGAUAUCCAAGCAGUUGG